AUGACACUCAAUUAUGAAAAACCCGUUGCUAUUUUUAAUGGAAGAUUACCUGCAACAUUAAUUAUGAAAAUGCCAGUGCUUAACGCCUCAACAUCUGCGUCCCAAUUCUUCACUCUUCCCUUCAGAAGGAAAAAGCAACGGUAUACAAUAAACCCUCCAGAUGUUUGCUACAAUGUAAUUUAUCUGGGCAACGUUCUUACAAUAAUGGCUGGAGGAGAGCAUUGCUUUGAAAAGCCACUAGAGUUGAUUUGGAAGGCCUAUUGUAAUAGAACUGACGGUGACCUAAAUAUGGGUCUAGAGAUAACUCGGUCAGGACUAAAAGCUGAAACAAAAGAGCAGGGCCUCACUGAAUAUUGGGCUCAUCGCAUUACUUCAUCAGGAGCCCCAGCAAAUUAUCCAAGGAUAUUCUGUUGGAUAUACAAACACGAUGGAAAAAGGCUCAAGCCGGAGCUUCGUUGCCAUGCAGUUCUCUGCAAGAGAACCUCUGAUCCUCUCAACAUCCACACUAAGCUACAGGAAUUUCUACACACUGCUUUACAGGUUAGGAAUCGAAACAUGUUCCGUACAUCCGCGGUGGAGUACAGACGAGAAAAAAUAGCAGUUCAAAACGCCCGUCUAACUGGCUCUGCUGGUUGCCCUCGACGAAAAAAGUUGCUUCACACAGGAAGUCUCAACUUUCGUCCACCCGUGUGCCGCUCGAAAUCGGCUCCUCGUUUAGGAAGUAUAGACGAGGAACAAGAAGUAGACUUUUGUUACAUUGAUGAACCUGAAAGUGACAGCGAAUCAGUAUGCUAUCGCGCUGAACCGGACAGACUAGGAAGAGCGUCAUCGGACCCCUCCCCUAAUGCUGCAUCCACCAAAGAAGUGGAAGAAGGUUAG